UAGUUGUAUGAACACACACAAACUGGUCCUAAAUAUAUAAGAUGUUGAUAGGCAAUAAAAUAUUGCCCUGUCCUUUCCCAUCCUUAUAUAAAUUGCACCGUUUUCUUCUCUUAAUCAAAAGUCCAAACAAUAAUGGAUCAAUAUUCCAAAGAGCCGUAUGAUCACCUCUCUUUGCCUUCUUCAGAUCCAUUCCAAUCCCCCACCAGAUGGUGGUCCAAGGAGACGGUGGCCAUAGUGACCGGAGCGAACAAGGGCAUCGGUUUCGCGCUCGUGAAGCGGCUGGCGGAGAUUGGACUAACCCUAAUACUCACUGCCAGAGACUUGGAGAGAGGAUCAAAGGCCGUUGAAUCACUCAAAAGACAAGGACUCUUUGUUCACUUCUUUCGCUUGGAUGUUUCUGACCCUGCUUCUAUCCAAGCGUUUGUCUCCUGGUUCUCACAAAACUUCCCGGCCUUGGACAUUCUUAUAAACAAUGCUGGUAUAUCAUACAACGAAAUUGGAGAGAACUCAGUAAAGCAGGCAGAGAGAGUGAUGAAAACAAAUUUCUUUGGAGCUAAGUUACUCACACAAUCACUCUUGCCCUUCUUCCGUCGUUCUUCUUCCUCAAGUCGUUUACUUAACAUUACCUCUAGACUUGGCUCUCUAGAUAAGAUGAGAAACCCUAGCAUAAAAGCAAUUUUGGCGAGCAAGGAUCUGUCCGAGGAGCAGAUCGAGGGUGUGGUUAACUCAUUUCUCAAUGACGUGAAGAACGGAGUGUGGGAGAGCCGAGGGUGGCCAGAAAUGUGGACAGACUACGCGGUAUCAAAAUUGGCGCUAAGUGCGUACAGUAGGGUUUUGGCAAAGCGGUACGCUGGAUUAGGGUUGAGUGUCAACUGCUACUGCCCCGGCUUCACUCAAACAGCCAUGACUCACGGCAAGGGCACGCACACUGCGGAUGAUGCCGCCGAGACCGGGGCUAGGCUGGCCUUGCUUCCGCCUCACCAACUGCCUAGUGGCAAAUUCUUUGUAUGGGCCAACAAUAACACUGCUACUUUUCUUGACUCUAAACUGUAGUAAUUAAAAGUGCUUAUUAAUGUUUUGUAAUUCAUUAAUAAAUCUAUUGAUCGACCGACUCCUUUCAGUUGGGCA